UGAAGAUCCAAAAACACCUUAAUUUCCCUUCAACACCCAAACCCAAAGCCUUAAAUUGUUUCAUAUGUCAACUCAUUGUCCCAUUUUGCCUAGUUUCUUCCUCAUUUUCCUCUCAUUCUUUUGUUACACCUCAUAUGCUUACACUUUCACUGUAGCAAACAACUGCCCUUACACGAUAUGGCCUGGAACGCUGGCUGGUUCAGGGACACCACAGCUUUCAACGACAGGUUUCCAGUUAGAUUCAGGCCAAAGUGUGAGGAUCCCAUCGGUUCCUGCAGGUUGGUCUGGUCGGAUAUGGGGUCGGACAGGGUGCUCGUUCGAUGCCGCCGGUGUCGGGCUUUGUCAAACCGGGGAUUGUGGGGGGAAACUUGCAUGUAAUGGCAAUGGUGCAACUCCACCGGCUUCGUUGUUUGAAAUAACAUUUGGUGUGGGGAAUCAACAAGAUUUUUACGACGUUAGCUUUGUUGAUGGUUAUAAUUUGCCGCUUGUUGCUGCUCCUCGUGGUGUUUAUGGUACAUGUAAUGCUACUGGAUGUGCUUAUGAUCUUAAUAUGGGUUGCCCUAAAGAGCUACAAGUAGUGGGAGGUGAUGGGGAAGGGGCAGGGAGAGUAGUGGGAUGCAAAAGUGCAUGUGAGGCAUUUAGACAAGAUCAAUAUUGUUGCAGUGGGGAAUUUGCAAACCCAACAACAUGCAGGCCUUCCUUUUAUUCUUCAGUUUUCAAGAAAGCUUGCCCCAAGGCUUAUAGCUAUGCUUUUGAUGAUGCUAGCAGCACUUUCACUUGCAAGGCCCUUGAUUAUCUCAUCAUUUUCUGCCCUAAUUCUCGAUCUCAAAGGGCAAAUAGAACAAAUGGUGGGUUUACACCACCAUUCAACGAUGAUGGUACCGAAGGCAAAGUGCAGAUAGUUUCCAACUCAUCAAAUCUACUAUUCCCCUUUCCAAUCCUCAUCCUCCUUCUACUUGUCAAUUUGUUCUUUUAAGAACGCAUGCGCUUAGCCUUUGAGGUUAUGUUACUUGAACUCGAAUUUGAGUGUUAGAGAUAGCAUAUAUUUAGAGAUCCUUGAAAAGUUAUAUCUGUACAUGCAUAUUUCAAUACGAUGGAAUAACUUUUAACAUGAUGAAAAAUUUGGAGGAAUAUAGCACAUAUCCCCCACUUGUUUAUUUGAUGGGCAAAUUGUUCAACCACUUAUUUGUAAUGCAUACAAUUCCAAUUGAGAAAA